AUGAGCAACCUGUUCGGUGCCUAUCCAGUAAGCAGCGAUGAAGAAAAGGAGCAAGGAGGAAAAGUGCAAGGAGGAAAGGAGCAAGGAGGAAAGGAGCAAGAAGGGAAGGAGCAAGAAGGGAAGGAGCAAGAAGGGAAGGAGCAGGGGAACACCGGAGAAACUGAUGGCGUAGACCGGACCAACCAACGGUUUGCGAUGCAGCAGACUGAUGGAGAGUCACGGAAGAGAAGCUUACAAAAAAAUCCGGAAUUGAACAAGGGAUUGAAUCAAGGUGAAGACGUGACCAAGCGGAACAAAACGGGAUCUCCUCAGGGGCGACCACUGGCCGCUCCUGUCGCCGGAGCGACAGUACAGUGGAUUGAAGAUAUGAAUCAGCAUGCUAAGGAAUACUGUCCCGUCAUGGUGUAUAGCACCAAAGCUAAGCUAGCCGAGAGUGAAACGGUAACCACUUUGUCGGUGGCGCCCAACGGAAGGCGCCUCGUGGUUGGUUCAGGCCGUGGAAAGGUGUUGAUGUUUUAUUUCGCCACCAUGGUCAAGGAUGGAAGUGUUGUAGAACAGUGGGCCGACUUUGAAGGUCUGCCGGUUUUAUUACUCAAGUAUGACCGUUCUACCAAGUUCUUGAUGAUCGCUGCCGGCGAACCGUUUGUAGAGAUCAGGAACAACGAUAACGCCGUCGUAUGGCAAACGUACAAAGGAGAUAUGUACGUACGGGACACAGCCAACACAUUUGGACACACGCACCGAGUGACAGACGGAUUCUGGCUCGAUGGUGACCACAUCAUGACAACUAGCGAAGAUACUACGGUCAGGGUAUUCAAUCGGAACUCCAAACCCAAAGGGCUGGACCAGCGAAUACCGUCUUCGUGCGUCUACAAGACUAUCGACCGGGAAAAUAAAAGUUUAACUAAGCAAACACGCGUGUGCUGCGCACAAAUGUACGACAACAAUAAAAUUUUGGUCGCUGGAUGCGCUGAUGGCAGCAUCCAGAUAUGGGACGGAACUUGGAGAAGUGGGAUCAAGUCCCAAAAGCCCAAGAAAGUCAUCCGACUCCAGGAAGUAGAACCUGUCGAAAAGAUUAUCAUAUGUAAUAUUGAACCGGCUCCUGAUCAUAGACCGCUUUCUGAUGGCAAUCCCGUUUCUGACGGUAGCCCCGUUCCUGCCGGUGACCCUGUUCCUGGCGGUAAAUCAAGAAAUAACCUGCCGUCCAGCUCUGGUCAGCUGAGAGUAUAUGCCAGAACUCCGACCACAAUAGCCUGUUUUGAUUUGUUCUCUGGAAGCUUGUUGAAAACCAUAAAGUUGUCAGGUAGUAGGUUGGGAAGGCCAUUGAUGGCGUUGUACUCCGCAAACAAGCACGACUCUUAUAUCCUGACUGUGGAUCACGACAAUAGAAUUGUCUGGUUCACAUUUGAGUUGGACUUUGUCAAAGCGCUGGAAUUACCUUGCAGCCUGGAGGAAGGAGAAGUGUUUAGCGCCUUGUAUGUUUCUCCCUCGUUGCAGCUAUUUGCAGGAACGAGCAAAGGGAAUCUCAUCGCCUAUUGGACAGAAGAAAACAAAGACCAGGGGGCCGGCCUGAUGAAGGAAGCGUCAUCCAAACCAGUGGAAUCAGCUGUGGCACAAACGGUGGAUUCAUCAUACAGUAUUUAUGAACUUCCGGAGCAUGUAAAAUACUACAAUGAUGACACAGUAAAGGAGUAA